GAAAGCCUUUAUUUAAAUGUUAUGACAUCGGAGACUAUUAUAUGAACUUGACAAGCUAUAGUCUGGAAACAAUCUGAACACAGCAGUAAUGAGAUUCCAGAAAGCCUUUGUCUUGGUGCUCAGCUAUCUUCUGUGUGGUUCUAUUCUAAAGUGUAUUGGAGUAAAGCUGGAGAAUAAUGGAUAUCGAGACAUCGUUAUUGCCAUUAACCCAAACAUUCAACAUAAUGAACAGCUGAUUCAAAAUAUUCAGGAAAUAGUGACUGUAGCCUCCUCCUACCUUCACCGAGCGACCAAAGGGCGAGUUUAUUUCGCAGAUGUGAAAAUCCUGCUGCCUGUAACAUGGCCAGUUGGUUCCCAUGUGGUUCAGAGACUGACAACUGAGUCCUACAGAAAGGCUGAUGUGAUCAUUGCUGAACCAAACGUCAAAAACAGAGAUGAACCAUACACCCUGCAGUAUGGUGGAUGUGGAGAGAAGGGACGGUACAUUCACUUCACACCAAACUUUAUCCUGGACAGCAGUCAGGUUUCAUUUUAUGGACCAAAAGAUCGAGUAUUUGUUCAUGAAUGGGCUCAUCUUCGGUGGGGAGUUUUCAAUGAAUACAAUGAACUGGUGCCCUUCUAUUUAUUUAAUGGAAAGAGUGAAGUAACGAGAUGUUCAAAAGAGAUUGGAGGACGGCCUGCUGAUUGCUCAGGCGGAAGCUGUUCAGCAUGUGAGACAGAUCCUACGUCAGGACUACCGAAAGGGGAUUGUGAAUUUUAUCCAGACAGCAAACAGACUGCAUCCUCCUCAAUUAUGUUCAUACAGGGACUAUCAGAUGUGACUGAAUUCUGUGACGAUAAGACUCACAAUCCUGACGCACCGAACAUGCAAAACAAAAUGUGCAACUUCAGGAGCACCUGGGAUGUAAUCAGCAAGUCGGAGGAUUUCCGAAACAAUCCCUCACCCUACAGUGGUUCAGUGAUACCAACCUUUACACUGCUACAGGCCAAACACCGUGUGGUGUGCUUAGUCCUUGAUGUCUCUGGGAGCAUGAACUCGGAGAAUCGUAUGAACAGACUCCGACAAGCAGCCGAGAUAUUCUUACUUCAGAUCAUUGAAACAAAAUCACAAGUUGGAAUUGUCACUUUUAACAGUGCUGCAGCUAUUCAAUCACAUUUGAAAAUGAUUGAUAAUGAAGGUGUGAGGCAUCAACUUGUCCAAUUGCUACCUACAACAGCUGAUGGGGGGACAAAUAUCUGCGCAGGAGUCCAGGCUGGUUUUCAGGUACUUGGUGGUGAUGACGGUGCUACAAAUGGUGAUGAAGUUGUUUUGCUGACUGAUGGGGAGGACAGUGGGAUAAGCAGUUGUUUCUCGGAGGUGGAACAGAGUGGUGCAGUUAUCCACACGAUAGCAUUAGGACCGAAGGCAGCCAAAGAGCUGGAACAGAUGUCAGCAAUGACAGGGGGUCGACAGUUUGCAGCCACUGAUAAUGUGUAUGCAACUGGAUUAACCGAUGCCUUCUCUUCAUUAGUAUCUGGAAAUGGUGACAUUAGUCAACAGUCAGUUCAGCUUGAAGUUUCUGCAAUAAAGGUUGAAGAUGACAGUUGGUUGAACAGAACAGUUUUCAUCGAUAAGACCAUUGGGAAUGACACUUUUUUUGUCAUUACAUGGGAGAAGCAGACACCAGAUAUUUUUGUAUAUGACCCCAGUGGAAAUGUGUACAACAACAAUGUCUUUAAAAUUGAUAGUACAACACAUACAGCCCGUCUGAACAUUCCUGGCACUGCACAGGCAGGUACUUGGAACUAUGCUAUCCUGAAUCCUGGCAGUGAACAGGUUAUAAGGGUCAUAAUGACAUCCCGAGCAGCAGAUGAGAAAGUUCCCCUGGUCACGGUCGAUGUGCACAUCAGUGAAAAGGAUUCGGUUGGUGGUCGGACAAUUUAUGCAGAAGUCAGUCAAGGAUUCUCACCCAUCCUGUUUGCAAACGUGACGGUUAUUAUUGAACAACCCACCGGCCCAACAAUUGAACAGGAACUUUCUGAUGAUGGCCUGGGUGCUGAUGUUUUCAAGAAUGAUGGUAUUUACACAAAGUAUUUCUACAAGUAUUCUGGAUAUGGAAGAUACAACUUUAAAGUACGUGUGUGGGGAAAGGAAGGGAAGGCAAAGACAGCAAUCCAAACAGGAGGACAUUCCUUUUACAUCCCAGGAUACACAGAAAAUGGCAAAAUUAAACUAAAUCCACCAAAACCUUCAGUCAAUGUGGAUGAUCUUGAAGCUGACAUAGGAGAUUUCAACAGGGUCAAAUCAGGAGGAGCCAUUUCAGUUGCUGAAGGAACACUCAAUGUUGACAUUCCACCGUGUAAAAUCACAGACCUACAAGCAACAUUAGCUCAAAACAAAGUUGUGUUGGAAUGGACUGCACCAGGAGAGGACUAUGAUGAGGGAGCAGUGUCCCGCUAUGAGAUGAGAAAGAGUGACCACCUCCUCCAGCUACGGGACAACUUCACAGCAGCUGCCCUGGUUAACCUCACCAACUUGAAUCCACGUCCAUUUGGCUCAAGGGAAACAUUCACAUUUGUUCCCGAAAACACGGAACUGCAAAACGGGACAACGCUCUACUUCGCUCUCUGCGCCUAUGAUAAACAGGAACAGUCAUCUGAAAUGUCUAAUGUGGCCAAGGUUUAUGUCUUUGUACCUGCACCUCUGGUUGAGCACCCAAAAGGCAGUAGUGUAUGGAAGGUGAUUUGGAUUAUGAUUGUUGUUGCAAUUCUGGUGUGUUUGAUCAUUGGGAUUGUCAAUUACCUGGUUCAGAAAAAAUGCAUAAGUAGAACUUUUGCACUAGUUUAAUAUCCUUGCUGGAGGAAUGAGUUGGUAGCAUGCAAUUAAUUGGUCUAAUUAUUCAAACACUCAAUCAGAUUACACUGUAUGUUAUAAAGAUUUCAUGCUGAAAGGUUCUAGUCCAUGAAUGUCCAUGGUAUAUCUCCAAUGUUCAUGCUAUUUUCCAGGGAUUUCACAGCUUUUUGACCAAUGUUGUGAUGCACCUUUCCUCAUUAUUGGCUUGGAAGAGAUAGGAAGCUGAAUGGAUAAAUACAGGAAGGAUGUUCCUGACAUCUAGGUAGUCCAGAACCAGGGCCACAGUCCAGAGAUACAGAGUAGAUUACUUACAAUGUGGAAACAAGCCCUUCAGCCCAACAAGUCCACAACGACCCGCUGAAGCUCAACCCACCCGGACUCAUUCCCCUACAUUUACCCCUUCACCUAACAAGGCCAAUUCACCUAACCUGCACAUUUUUUUGGACUGUGAGAGGAAACCGUAGCACCUGAAGGAAACCCACGCAGACACGGGGAGAAUGUGCAAACUCCACACAGUCAGUCGCCUGAGGCGGGAAUUGAACCCGGGACUCUGGCGCUAUGAGGCAGCAGUGCUAACCAUUGAUCCACUGUGCCACCCACAAAGUAGGCCAUCCAAUUGGCUCCUUUAAUAUAAGAAUAUCAACAAGGAUCUCAAAUGGAAAUAUGCAUCAAAAGCGAAGUUCAACCAUGAAUGGAGGGAUUAGAUGAUUGACACUAAAACAGGAAUUGCUGGAGAACUUCAGCAGGUCUGGCAGCAUCUGUGGAGACAGAAACAGAACUUGCGUUUCAGAAUCUGAAGAAGUGUCGCUGGACCUGAAACAUUAACUCUGUUUUUCUCACUCCACAGAUGCUGCCAGAUCUGCUGAGGUUCUCCAGCAAUUCCUCUUUCUGUUUCAGAAUUCCACAAUUCUUUGUUUCUUGCUUAGCUGGUUGACCAUCCAGUUGGUGAGAUGGUGAGGAAAUGUAUAAGGGAAGAAAAGAGAACAGCAGCAAUAAAGGGAUUCUGAUUGGCUGAGCCAGAAAGCAAGGUUAAACAUCACUGAUGACCUGACAGCAAAGGUGGAGCUUUGUGGAUGAGUUAGGAAUUUGGGAAUGAUAGGAGUCCUGUGAAAUAAUUAUGUUUAGUGUUCGAGAUGGAGAGAGAUGUGGGAGAAUUUCUCCCUUUUCUCACCUCUUGGCUGAUUGCAACUUAGAGUCAUAGAAUCAUAGCAUCAUAGAGAUGUACAGCAUGGAAACAGACCCUUCGGUCCAACUCGUCCAUGCCAACCAGAUCCCCAACCCAAUCUAGUCCCACCUGUCAGCACCUGUCCCAUAUUCCUCCAAACCCUUCCUAGUCAUAUACCCAUCCAGAUGACUUUUACAUGUUGCAAUUGUACUCGCCUCCCACCACUUCUUCUAGCAGCUCAUUCCAUUCACGUAUCAUCAUCUGAGUGAAAAAGUUGCCUCUCAGGUCUCUUUUAUAUUUUUCCCCUCUCCCCCUAAACCUAUACCUUCUAGUUCUGGACUCCACCAUCCCAGGGAAAAGAGUUUGUUUAUUUAUCCUAACCAUGCCCGUCAUGAUUUUAUAAACCUCUAUAAGGUCAUCCCUCAGCCUCCAACAAUCCAGGGAAAAAAGACCUAGCCUAUUCGACCUCUCUCUACAGCUCAAAUCCUCCAACUCUGGUAACAUCUUUGUAAAUCUUUUCUGAACCCUUUCAAGUUUCACAACAUCUUUCCGAUAGGAAGGAGACCAGAACUGCAUGCAAUAUUCCAACAGUGGCCUCACCAAAGUCCUGUAAAGCCAGAAAAUGACCUCCAAACUCCUGUACUCAAUACUCUGACCAAUAAAGGAACUUCAGAGAUACAGUGUUUCAUCUCUUUCUAACUUCAAAACACAUACAUGGAACCUUGUUAGAUUAAAUCAAAAGAACAGAUGACCAUUUAUUUCUCACAUUAUCUGAACUGUAAAAGUAACAUACCCAACCUUUCAUAUACUCACACGUGUGACAAUGCUGACACUUUAAGAAGUUAUUUUGUUCUGUUUUUGUUUGAAACGAGCAAAUAAGGUAAAUGUACCAAAUUUGCUGCUGAAGACCAAGUAAACAGAUUGGGAGGCGUUGGCCUUUUUAAAAAAAAUCUUGAAUAUGUAUGGCCAGCUCUCACAGGUCCAGAUGUCUAGAACUCAGUUUUGUCAGUAACAUCAGAAGAUAUUGGGGUGUCAAAAGCAUUGGAAGCUUCAAUGAAUGUCUCUUGGCUGCUACUCUCUCUCAAUCUUCUCUUGAUUUUUUUUUCCCCCUGGUUUGGAGAAAUGGAUGUGAGACUUUGUCUGAAAUUUCUUUUUUGCUAAGGGGUGUGUUUGGAACAAUAUGGUGUCAUAUUGGAACAGUUAAUUAGUAAUUGUUACUGUGUCUAUUAUUCUGAUAAGUUUCCAAUAGAGUUAAGUUAUUCUCAAUUCCUCUUUCUUUGGCUGUACUUUAACUUCAGUGUUUAUAAUUGCUCAAUGUUGAGUAGUUUGACCAGUUGUAUCGCAUGUGAGACACUUGACAUUUGCCUUUACAACAAGAAAAGGUUAGAGUCUAGAACAAAGAACAAAGAAAAUUUACAGCCCAGGAACAACCCCUUCAGCCCUCCAAGCCUGAGCCAAUCCAAAUGUACUGUCUAAACCUGUCGGUCAAUUACUAAGCAUUUGCAUCCUUCUGCUCCCCACCUACUCAUGUAUCUGUCCAGAUGCAUUUUAAAUGAAUCUAUCAUGCCUUGCCUCUACCACCUCUUCUGUUAACACGUUCCAGACACCCACCACCCUCUAUGUGAAGUACUUGCCACAUGUAUUCCCCUUAAACUUUCCACCUCUCACCUUGAAAGCAUGACCUCUUGUUAUUGAAUCCUUCACCCUGGAAAAAAACUUAUCUCUAUCCACCCUGUCUACACCCUUCAUGAUUUUGUAAACCUCAAUCAGGUCCCCCCCCUCAAUCUCCUUUUUUGCUAAUGAAAAUAAACCUAACUUACUCAACCCCUCUUCAUAGCUAGCACCUUCCAUACCAGGCAACAUCCUCGUAAACCUUCUCUGCACCCUCUCCAAAAUGUCCACAUCCUUUUGGUAAUGUGGCGUCCAGAAUUGUACACAAUAUUCUAAAUGCAGCCGAUCCAAUGUCUUGUACAAUGUUAACAUGACUUGCCAGCUCUUAUACUCAAUACCCCGUCCAAUGAAGGCAAGCAUACUAUAUGCCUUCUUGACCACUCUAUCCACCUGUGCAGCAACCUUCAGGGUACAAUGGUUUAUUUUAUGUUCGUAAAAUAUUUUUGAGGAAGUCUGUUCUGACGUAUUGUAAACUGGGGACUCUUGUCAUGAUCAAAAUCGAUAAUUCCCAAGGAGGGUUUAGGAUUAUUGGAAUUAAAAGGCUGCAAGUGGUUAUGGCUGGUGUCUUUUAUUUUGGGUAUUGAAUUCGGCGGAUUGAAACAAAGAGUGCCUUUUGUAGUAAUGGCUCUUUCACUCACUAAGAGUUUUCUGGGGGUGGAAGAAGUGACUUUGGGAGUUUUACACAAAGUGAGCAAGGCAAAGCUGUUGGACUUGGCAAACAAGCUGGAGGUCGGGUUGCCCCAGUCCGUGCGAAUAUUGGAGGGAAUUGCAGCAAUAGCUCGACACUUAUAAUUUUCGGAAAUGCCAGCAGAAUCUUUGGAAAUGGCUAAAAUUCAUUUGCAAAUAAAACAGCCUGAAUUAGAGGCAAAAGCAAAGGGAAGAAUAGCCCUGACAGAACAAAAAGAAAGAGGUAGGAAAACAAAACAGUUUUAAUUGCAAUUAAAAGCAGAGGAAAAAGAAGAGACAAAGGCCCAAGCAGUAGAAAGAGAAGUAGAAAGAGUUUGAACUUCAGAAGUUGGCAAUUAGAAACAUUCAUACUCUAUUUCCUUUGAAAUAAAGGCCAACAUUCUAUUUGUGUCCCCUUUACUUUCUCAACUUGGAUGUGAGCCUUUUGUGCUUCAUGGAUGAAGAUUUCAAAUCCCUCUGUUCUGAGUCUUUCUGCAGUCUAUCUUCAUUUUAAUAAUAUUUAACUCCACUAUCCUUCCUGCCAAAGUGCAUAACUUCAUAUUUUCCCACUUUAUAUGCUGAGUUUUUGUCCAUUCACUUAACCUGACUGUAUCGCUCUGCAGACUCUCCAUCAUACCCACCACUCAUCCUCCCACCUAUAUUUUUGUGUCAGUCACAAACUGGGUGGUAGUACAUUCAUCUUCCUCAUCCAGGUCAUCAAUAUAUAUUGUGAAUCAUUGCGGUAACAACACGGACUCUUGUCACACUCCACUCAUUACGGGUUGCCAACCUGAAAAUGUACCCCUGAUGCCAACUCCAUCUUUUCAAGCAAACCCUCUAUCCAUGCUAAUGUACUAUCUCCAACACCAUGGGCUCUAUUUUAUUAAGUAGCCUAACAUGUGGUUAAUUGUCAUAUGCAUUCUUAAAACCCAAACAUGCUACAUCCAGUAUUUAUCAUUUGUCCUUCAUUUUAACUAGAACAUAGAACAGUCCAGCACAGUACAGGCCCUUCUGUCCACAAUGUUGUGCAGAUCAUUUAUCAUAAUCUGAGAUCAACUUAACCUACACAUCCCUCAAUUUACUGAUGUCCAUGUCCCUAAUGUCUCUGACUCUAUUACCACCGCUGGCUGUGUAUUCCACACACCCAGCACUCUCUGUGUAAAGAACCUACCUCUGACAUCUCCCCUAUACCUUCUUCCAAUCACUUUAAAAUUAUACCCCUCGUGAUAGCCAUUUCUGCCCUGGGGAAUAGUCUCUGGCUAUCUACUCUAUCUAUGCCUCUCAUUACCUUGUACACCUCUGUCAAGUCAUCUCUCUUCUGUCUUCUCUCCAACGAGAAAAGCCCUAGCUUACUCAACCUCUCUUCAUAAGAUAAGCCCUCCAAUCCAGGCAGCAUCUUGGUAAAUCUCCUCUGCAUCCUCUCUGAAGCAUCUGCAAUCUUCCUGUAAUGAGGCGACCAGAACUGGACACAGUAUUGCAAGUGUGGUCUAACUAGGAUUUUAUAAAUUUGCAGCAAAACCUCCCGACUCUUAAACUCAAUACCCCUGGUAAUGUAAACCAAAACUCCAGAUGCCUUCUAACAACCCAACCAACUUGGGUGGCAACUUUGAGGGAUCAAUAUACAUGGCUUUGUGUGGGUCAGGUCAUGCCUCACAAGCCUUAUGGGGUUCUUUGAGGAUGUGAUGGGAUAAGUUGACGAAGGUGGAGUAGUGGAUGUGGUGUAUAUGGAUUUCAGUAAGGCGUUUGAUAAGGUUCCGUACAGUAGGCUCAUUCAGAAAAUUAGGAGGUAUGGGAUACAGAGAAAUGUGGCUGUCUGGAUGCAUGAUUAGCUGGCCAAAAGAAGACAGUGAGGGGCAGUGGUUAGAAAGUAUUCCGCCUGGAGGUCAGUGACCAGUGGCGUCCUGCAGGGAUCUGAUCUUGGGCCUCUACUCUUUGUAGUUUUUAUAAAUGACUUGGAUGAAGUAAUGGAAGGUUGUGUUAGUAAGUUUGCCACUAUCACAAAGAUAGAUGGCGUUGUAGAUAGUCUUGAAGGCUGUUGCAGGUUACAACACGACAUUGACAGGAUGCAGAGCUGGGCUGAGAAGUGGCACACGGAGUUCAACCUGGAUAAAUGUGAAGUGAUUCAUUUUGGAAGGUCGAAUUUGAAUGCUGAAUACAGGGUUAAAAACAGGAUUCUUGGCAGUGUGGAGGAUUGGCCUCACUCCCUCCCUCCUUGCUGUUGGAUCCCAGGCUGAGAUUCUCACUCCAAGACCUUACCUAGUGUGGGCUGUGGGUGCCUGGUCUAAACAUGCGGAGACAGGACUGUGGGGAUCCUGGAGAAAGUACCAACGUGAGUUCAAUCAGUGCGUAAACAUAUGAAAUAACUACAUUAUAUUUAUCAGUUUGACACUUCAUCAGGAAGUCUUAUUGUCAAAUGUUUGCUUUAUUAUGCUAUAGAAAUAGAAAAAAAAUAUGGAUGUUGUAAAUCAGAAACAGAAAUUGCUGGAAAAACUCAGUAGGUCUGGCAGCAUCUGUGGAGAGAAAUCAGAGUUAAUGUUUCAGAACCAGUGACCUAUUUAUUCCAACCUGAUAUUCUAAAUUAAUCUAGUACCGUUUGCAAGCAUUUGGCCCAUGACCCUGUAAACCCUUCCCAUUUCUGUACCCAUUCAGAUGUCUUUCAAGUGUUGUAACUGUACUGAGGAAGGGUCAUUCAACCUGAAAUGUUAAAUCUAAUUUCUCUCUGCAGAUACUGUUAUACAUGCUGAGUUUUUCCUAUAAAAUAAUAUUCUGUCUUUAUGCAGUGAAAAAUGUUUUGGUAUAUUUUAAGAUGUCUUUGAUGUACACCAAAUUCUAUU